AGUACCAUCACCAUCUUAUUUCACGCCUGCCACUGUUAUCCGUCUUUGUCAUGGCAGACGGUGUCAAGGCAGCGCUUGAAUUGAAGGCUGAGGGGAACGCGCUCUAUGCAAAGCAAGACUAUCUUGCAGCGUAUAAGAAGUACUCCGACGCGACUGAGAUCGAUGAUAAGAACGCCGUUCUAUAUGCGAAUCGUGCUGCCUGCUCUCUGGGACUGAAAUGUUUCUCGGAUGUGGUAGCUGAUGCUCAAAAGGUAUUCGGUCUUGGGACUAGAGUUCUUCAUCUACGUGAACAUAGUCCUCAUAAACCUUGAACUAAUUCAGACAACCGAUAUCGACCCGAAAUAUGCCAAAGCAUGGGCGCGCUUGGCCACAGCACACAAUGUUCAUUCUUGCUUUUUAU